GCGGUCCGCGGUGGUUUGCCGUGGUUACCUGUCGGACGAGGUUUGCGUGCCACUUCGUUCGAACGCGAAUCGAUCCGGCGAGCCGGGAAAGAGCGAACGACGAGCGGGCAUCGCGACGCAAGAAGGAAUAGCUUUUUCAUUGUAGACUGGGAUGAGACUCCGCUGAGCAACAUUGCUGUUUCUCUCUCUUUCUCUCUGUCUCUCUCUUGCACAGUCUGACAGAUUCAGUCUGUCAGUCUGCCUGUCUGUGUGCGUGCGUGUGUGUGUGUGUAGCUCUCUUUCUCUCUCCGAUAUCGCCGCGAAUAAGUCAUCAACAAUGCAAAGUGUAAUAAAUUCCGUGAAGGGCACUGCGCUGGGCGUCGCUGAAUACUUGACGCCGGUGCUGAAGGAAAGCAAAUUCCGAGAAACGGGUGUUUUGACACCAGAGGAAUUUGUAGCAGCCGGCGACCAUUUGGUGCAUCAUUGUCCCACGUGGCAGUGGGCAACCGGCGACGAGGAUAGGGCAAAGUCUUACUUACCAAAAGGCAAACAAUUCCUGCUGACUCGUAAUGUUCCUUGCACGCGUCGAUGUAAGCAGAUGGAAUACAGCAACGAGCAAGAAUGUAUUAUAGAAGCUGACGAUCCUGAAGGCGGUUGGGUAGACACCCAUCAUUACGCCAGUGUCGCUGGUCUGGAUGAAAGAGUGACGGAAAUGGCACUGGAAGAGUCGCUGGGGGAGCCAUCUCAAGACAAUGCGGACGAGGAUGAGGAUGACGAGGACGCCGCUGAUAUGGAGGCCUUCGAAAUCAGCGGUAUGCUGGAUGAGCAGGAUAAGCACGCGGCGACGGAAAGCUCUAAGAAAACUAGCCACGAGAAGCGGGACUCGUUUACGGAGGGAGAGAUUAUUCGCACUCGCACCUAUGACUUGUACAUUACAUACGAUAAAUAUUAUCAAACACCCAGAUUAUGGUUGUUUGGAUACAAUGAGAAUCGGAAACCGCUUAGCGCAGAAGAGAUGUACGAAGAUGUUAGUCAAGAUCACGCUAAAAAGACGGUCACGAUGGAGAUCCACCCGCACAUGCCUGGUCCUCCUAUGGCUUCUGUUCAUCCCUGCAGGCACGCUGAAGUGAUGAAGAAAAUCAUGGAGACGGUGAUGGAGGGCGGUGGAGAAUUAGGAGUACACAUGUACCUUAUAAUUUUUCUGAAAUUCGUUCAGUCUGUCAUACCGACGAUCGAAUAUGACUAUACGCAAAAUUUUAUGCUAAAUGCGAUCGGCUAAAUGCGUCACUAGUGCUAAGUUAUCAGCAUUGUAUUGUGAUUAAUAUAAAUUGCUUACCAACUGUAUUUAGUGGAUACGCGGGAUAAAUGUGUAUCGAUGUUUACUACGCUUUUUAUUAUAAGUGCGAAAAUUGUCAGGAUAUUCGAAAUUAUAAGGAUCCAAGAGAAGAGAAUUUCAUGCAUCUUGAAUGAUCUUUGAGGGUCCAGAAAUUAUGAUAAGAAUAUCGAACGAUAUAAACAUCCCACUCCCGAGAACCCAAAGAUAUGAAACUGUACGGAUCUCGAGUGUUCAGCAUUUAAGGAUCCAUUUGUACACUUGUCCUAAUUAAUUUUAAGCAAACAUACACCUCCACUUUUUUACAUUGCAAGAUACUGAGUUGAAUAGAUAUUUUACUUGACAACCGUUAAGCCGAUUCUAAAAUCAGUCGUAUGUCGGAGUCGGAUGUCUGAACGUAACCGAUGGUCCAAUGAGGGAAAUUCGUUUUCAAAAAAGAAAUUCUCUUAUUGGACCAUCGGCUGCGUUCCGACAUCCGACUUCGACAUACGACUGAUUGUAGAACCGACCUUAGACAAUAAGCGAAAAAUAAAGGCUACACUGAUUAAGCAACGAAAGGAAUCGGCAGAAAGAGAGAGAGAGAGAGAGAAAUACGGAAGUAAUUUCCUAUUUCUUAUAUGUUUAUAAUUAAGCUGAUUAUUUGUUAACGUAUUUACAAAAGAAGCUUAAAUAUUUAUCAAAAUCGGUUAUCGUUAAUUAUACGAAAAUAAAUUGGAAUAAUUCGAACAGUA